GAACUUCCUGCGGUGUUAGGAAACGACACCUCAUCCUAUGACCACUGUGAGUGCUCGCGCUGCGCACAGGGAUCUGCAUUUUUCUUUUUUUCUUUCUUUCUUUCAUUUUUUUUUUUUUACAAUCAUAAUUACAAAUGCAUUCCAGGCUCCAGCAGAUAUUGCUUGGAUCUGGUCCGAAGCAAGAACCAAGUGUUCCCUGCGUCAUCAGUUUUACGAAUAAAUUCAAUCCCAAAUUUGCAGCCUGACAAACACUGACUGGUACAUCUGGAGUGAGAGAGAGAGAGAGAGAGAGAGAGAGAGGGUUUGUGUGCACCUCAGGGAGGAAGAGGAGACAGAAGCAGAAAGGGAGGAGGAGGAGGAGGAAGAGGAGGAGGAAAAAGAAGGGUUCGAGCUCGCAUUUGAAAUAAAAGUCGCUGCAUUCAGACUGCGCGCGCUCCGUUCCUGCAUCCCCGAACUAAGCUUGGUCUCGUGGAGGAUCUAGUCCUCUAACUGCCCAGCACUGACUAACACUGUUGCUCUGAAGCUCAUGGGCGAGAGAGCGGAUGGCGUGCUACUACCUGGUGAUUAGCUCCACGCACCUCAGCAACGGACACCUCCGGAGUAUCAAGGGAGUUUUCCGCGGUCCGCUGUGCGCGAGCGGCGGCGCAGAAUCUCCGCAGGACUAUGCUGAAAAGGAGAAAGCCAUAACCAAAGCUCUGGAGAACCUGAAGGCCAACUUCUAUUGUGAGCUUUGCGACAAACAGUACCACAAGCAUCAAGAGUUUGACAACCACAUCAACUCAUAUGACCAUGCACACAAACAGAGACUGAAGGAGCUUAAGCAAAGAGAAUUUGCACGCAAUGUCUCAUCUAAGAGCUGGAAGGAUGAAAGGAAGCAAGAGAAAGCACUGAAACGCCUCCAUCAAAUUGCCCUGCUCAAGCAGCAAAGGGAUGGUGACAAGGAAAAGAAGACAAAGUUAACAGCUGCAGCCCGAGACCAGCAGCAAGAGAAAAUAAGGCUCAAUGGCAGUGACAAACCAGGAUCCAACAACACCCUAUACCAAGAUCAGAAUCACAGCACUCCCUCCCCAAAGGAAGGACCAAAAUCCCCAACCACCAAAAUCCCUCCAUCUGCGCCAGUGCUUACAAAUCAGUGCUCUCUUCGGGUUAAGUGUUCCUCACUGCUAGCUCAGACCCCAAAAGGUCACCGGCAUGCUAAGGCAGGGAUCUCAUUCUGUUUCUCCAAACGGGCUCACCUGAAGCUGGACUCCUGUGCAUCAGUGUUCACUGAUGGCUUGGAUGAAACUAGUGACCACCAGGAAGUCCAGAGACAGCAGCAGAAGCUGGCCUUGCAGGCCCUCUUGUCCCGAUCUCCCUCACCCACACAGGAUGACCACCAUGUUCCUCUGGAUCCAAUGCCACUGAACACUUCCCCAAAGAGGGAUCUACAGACAGAUCAGCCCAAUCAGGAAGGUAGUCUGGAGAUGCAAGUGAUGUACUGCACCAUAGAGCCACAGAGGCAAAGUUGUCCUGAUACACAUGGUCCAGAAUUUAGGAGACAGCCAGCCAGUUCAAAAGAUAGGGCAGCUAAUAAUGGCCAGAAAUCCAGACAAGAAAGGGCCUAUGAGGGAUUGAUGGAGAGAAGCAGCCUGAGCCCUACUGCUCACAUAGAUGGACAUAACAAUAUGACUCCUGGCCAACUCAAUGCACAGUACUCAAAACAAGACUUACAAAGAAGUAGCAAACAGGAUAAUUCGAUGACUGAAAACUGUUUAGCUGAGGGUGACCUAAGCAGAAAAACUUUCUUAAGUGUCCUUGGAAAAGAUGGGACUAAGCUAAAAUGGCCUUGUGAGCUUGUGCAGUACACCUCAGAUGAACCCCGUGUGUCCUACAGCUGCAAUCCACUCUUCUUGAAUUUCAAAUGCACAGAAGGCAAAGAGAAAAGCACAGGGGCAGAGAAGGCAGAUGUUUGCAAUGUCUCAGAUCAACCCAACAGAGCUGAGGAGCAGACCCCAAAUAUUAAUAAAGUUAACUUAGGCAUUUUAAAACCAAAGAAACACAAACAUCGGCGGAGAGGAAGAAUUCGUAUGUGUAAAGUAAAUGCUGUUAAGAGACAACGAGUGGCCUGUGCACUCAGCAGUUUUUCCCAGUCACCUGCUGAAGGACAAUUUGAAUUCAACAGCACCCCGGCCAGCAAACUGCGCAUCAAGCAGAACUGCACUGAGAAGAGGCACAAACUCAGGAACAGAAAGAGACCACAGGAUGAAACACAACAACUAAACCUGAAAAGUAUAAUUGUAAAUGCUUUUUCUGCCCCACAACACCGAAGAAGGAAGCGUCAGAGGUUGCCUUCUGCUCUAGGCGUGGCGAAGCACAAGGCUCUUUUGCAUGCAUCUCCAGUUGGGAGUGGGGAUAAUUACCAGUGGUAUGGCAACUUCUGUAAAUCUAAACGGGAUGCUAAUGUGACCCCACUCAAGUCCAGCUCAUGGGGCGUCUUGUCGGAAUUGAGGUCUGAUAGCGAAUGGCCUGCAUACCAGUGGGAAAGACAUUGUACUUCUUCUGCAUCAGCUUCCUUCUAUCCCAGGAGGAGAGGAUGUAGCCAGCCUUGCUCUUAUAUCAGAAAAUCUAGUUAUAGCUUCCCAUGCUAUGGUUACAGGCACAUGUCAGACAGCCCAGACAAAGAUACUGAACCCAGAGAAGAAUACUGCGAUUACAGAGACUCAGAACUCUACAAGGAGAGGAAUUACUAUGGGGUUUGUGACAGACACUGUAUUAUAAAGCAGAGAUACGGUAUAAGAAAGCAUAAAAGGCACCUCAGGGAGAACAGAUAUAGAGAUUACCGUAACCCUGCCACAAAAAGAAUUUGUUUGUAUAGAGUCUAUGAGGAUGGUGAUGAUCCACAUGACACAGAACAAGACUGGUGGUGCAAGAGACCAAGCCCUGAUCUUAGGAGGCAUAAACGAAGAAACAGGUUCUGGUUAAGAUCAGUGGUGAAUCACGAGAAGGGGGAUGAGCAGUCCAGUCCAAUGUUCAGACAUAGUCCUGCUUCCUCUAGUAUCACCAGCAUUUCAGACAUUAGUGGCGACUGCAGUUCUUAUAUUAAGCAAUCCUAUUCUGGGCAGAGUGACUUCAAAUGGCCAGCAGAGAGAUCUGCCAGGACCAAACAUUCUCAUUCAAGAGAACACACACCAAGAGAAAAGAGUCCGUCACCAACAUCAACAUGUAUUGAUAGAUCAGAGGCAGUGCAAUCAGACUCCCAACCUGUUAUUUCUGAUUUCAGAGGAAAGCUGGAACCUGUUGCACAAAAUUCCAAAUCCAGUGAUUUGACAAAGCAGAGCACAUCAACUGAUAAAAAAUUGGCAAAUAGCAGAAUAUGUACUCUUUCACUCCCCUUGAUUGGCAAACUCCCCUCGAUAAAGAAAGGAAUAAGACAGGCAGGAAUGCACAAAGUGAAAGGUAGCAGCAGCAGUUGUGGUAACCAAGCAAAAACAUUUCUAAAUGAUCAAUCAAAACCUGAAUGCCAAGCAUUAUUUGAAACUGCACAUAUAGCCACGCAAAAUUCCUCAUCCCAAGCUUGUCCACCUUUAACUGAUCAGAGAACUGCAGAACCUUGUGUAAGCAAAGAAACACAGAAAGAUAAGUCCAUGUCUCAUGAAAACUUCAUCAGAGUUCUGGGGAAGACAUCAGACAAAACCCCAAAUAAUCCACCGCAGAGUUGCUUGAUCCCUCCCUUAACAGAGAAACCUAUAACAUUCACGGAGGAAGAGAUGGACAAGUACAGAAUUCUUCAACUUCAGGCCCAGCAGCAUAUGCAGCAGAAACAUCUCCAAGAGCAACAUGACAUGCCAAGAAGUUCAUUUGUUCCUCAAAUGAACCAACUACCUAUUCCUGGUCCUGAGCCUUCAAAUCAGACUGUCCCAGCUCCCUGUCUCUCAUACACAAUACAUCAGCAUGGGGCACUUUCAGCUUUCUCUUCCUUCAUCUCCUGUCCUUCGGCCUGCUUGGCAUCCCACAGUUCCCCAUCUGCCCACCCUCCUCUCCGUCCCAGUCUCUCACAGCCCCACUUCACCCCUCUUCCAUUUCCUACUGUGUUCUAUCAAGCUUCCCCUGCAGUAAUGCUGGCAACACACCCUCUCCACCUUAUUUCAGCAGCACCCCUCCACCGUGCACAUCCUCAUUCUCACAUUGCUGGCCUAACGCUUCACCCCCCACCACAUGCCUCGUUGCUCCCCUCUGUGCUUACCCCAGCAGCCAUGGUAGCUGGCAGGAGUCUGCAAAUCCACCCUACACCACAGCCUCUGUUCCCUCAACAGGAUCUUCAGCACCACCCUGGUAUUGCUAGCUAGGUUUGGUGAAGAAAACAACAAGUCUGAAUGGGAAAGAAGAAAUGUGACAAAAUAGAGAAAGUAAGGGGUCUAUCCUUGGUACUCAUAAGUGAUAUUGGACUAUGGUCUAGCACUUUUUGAUGUUUGUUUUUGACUUGGCCAAAGGUUUUAGUGUCUUGCUUGUCUUAUCAUUUAUUUUGUACUAUAAUUGUUUGAAUGUCUGUCUGCUAUUUGUGUAAAUGGUAGUGCAGUCAAGCACUGGCCUUCCUCAAAAAGGUUAUCCUCCAUAACUGUAAAUUCCUUAAGUUCAACUGAUGGGAAAAUGGUUUACCUGGCUUAAAAAUGUAACUUGAAAUGUAACUUUUGGUUAAAUAGCAAUUUGACUCAAGUCCCUUUUGAAUAGUGGAUUGCAAACAUUAUCUGCAUGUCAUAAAGCAGGAUUGAGGGGUUAUUUUUAUCUAUAUCUGAGCACCAGAGGAGAUGUCAGAGUGCCAAAACAAAUGUAUAGAUUUGGGCAUGUAUGAGAAUGAAAAGGAGGGAUAUACAGUAUAUUGAAGUGUAAGCUGCAAGUGAUUUGUUGUGUCCUGAGACUAAAGCAUAUUCUAUCUUUCAGUACAGUUAAGUGAGGUGAAAGACUGACUUAAUAGACUAUAAUACAGAGUUGUAAUAAUGCAAUAAUACAGUUUUCAAUCUAUUCAAAGGUCUAAAGCCUUCAAUAGUAUUUAUGUACUGUACUUUCUAAUGGAAAAUACAUUUAAAAAUACAUUUUAACAACAUAAGGUGUGUACAACCUGCACUUGUCUGAAUUAUGUAUGUUCCAGAGACUUUGUAUUUACUCUUAUUUUGUUAGAACCAAACAUUUUGUGACCUGUAAGAUAAUGUCAUAAUAAUAAAUUUAAA